AUGACGACUCUUGGUCACCAGAGCACCCACAACUUGCUUUUUGGCAGACCCAACCGUCGCCAGGCGCCAGCUGACCGUGGCUUCAAGCAUAUGGCAGCAAUGGCCGACCAGAAGAACGUCAACUACAACCGCCAGAACACCGCAUACAACGCCGGCAACAACAUGUACGGCAACCAGCAGUACGCCGCCCGUGGCCAGCAGGCUCAAGCUUACGGCAUGCACCACAAUCCGACCGCUGAUCCGAUGUCGACCCUUGCUCAUAAUUUCCAAGGUAUGAAUAUGGGCAACCAGUCCUUCGCUGCGCAGGCCAAGAACGCGAUGAUGUCGAAUCCGGCAACCAACUACGGCGGACUCAAUGUCGCUACCUCGAUGCCCGGAAGCAUGUACAACGCCGCCCAGUACGUGUACCCUAGCGGCUACGGUGCAGGAGCCAACACGCAGUCUCCGGGAAUGUACACGCCUCACGCAGCCCAGUACAUGCCGCAGCUCAACUACGCCGGCUACCAGCAGCACGACAACAGCCCGCUGUCCCAGAAUUGGACUCCCACUACCACUGGCGCCACUGGUGAGGUCCCGACCCUCAUCACUCCUCGCCGCGACUCAAUCUCUUCCAACGAGAAUGAUCAGCCUACGACCCCAUCGUACGCUGGCUAUCCUGGCUUCACUCAGGGCGGCGUUGCCAUCAAUCGCUCCCCAAGCGGUGUCUUCUCACACAGCACCCCGUCGCCAACCUCCAUGAUGGGACCAUACGGCAUGCAAGUCCAAAAGCAACCCGAGCAGACCGACGUCUCCCCACGCAUUAAGCUCCUCAUCUCCCGCGAGCCAGCCAUCCCUCGUGCUAUCCCGGCCCCGUCUUCACCAUUGAAGCCACUGGACCGAGCUCUGGAGAAUCAGCGCGGCGAGACCAACGUCUACAUUCGCGGACUCCUUCCAGAAACCACCGACGAGAUGCUCGAGGCUUGGGGUCUUCGCUUCGGUGACAUCAAGAGCUCGAAGUCCAUCAUUGACCUCAACACUGGCCUCUGCAAAGGGUGAGUCCCUUCUCAUAUCACUGCCCAUGAUCUUGCUAACAUUCAAUAGCUUUGGCUUCGUUAAGUACCACAACUACGAGGACGCCGAGAACUGCAUUCGUGGCUUCCACUACCUCGGCUACGAGGUCAGCUUUGCCCGCGAGUCGUUCUACUCCAAGCUCAAGACGUUUUCCGACGAGGGCAACACCAACCUCUACGUCUCCAAUCUUCCCAAGUCGAUGAAUGAGCAUGAGCUUGCCCAGCUCUUCGCUCCGCACAAGGUCUGCUCCUCGCGCAUCUUGCGUGACAAGAAUGGUUGGUCUUGCUUUCCAACGCUCUUCUCCGAUGCAUUACUGAUCCUUGCCAGGUCAUGGCCGCGGCGUAGGCUUCGCUCGAUUCGAGUCUCGUGACGCAUGUGAAGAGGUCAUCAAGAGCUUCAACGCCCACACCAUCAAGAGCCAGGGGGAGGACCUGCAGAUACAGAUUCGGUUCGUUCCUCUCUUUUCUUUUCCUUUCCCCUUGUCUUCGGUGGCAGCCUGACUGACCUUCCAUCAGCUACGCAGAUACCCAAGAGCAGAAGGCCUUGAAGCAACAGACCCAAGCUGCCCGUCAAUUCCGUUCCGCAGAGUACGAGUACGCCACUCAGGCCUGGCGCCAGGGCCGUUUGCCAACAACUUGCACUGAGUUCCAGAACCCCAACACCGAGUUCGAGAGCUACAUCGGCACCACGGCGGUUCCACUCCAGGGACAGCGCUGGGCCCAGGGCAUGCGCCAGCGGUCACCACUCGCCGCCCUGCCUGCUGCCUCUCAGGCUCUGAGUGCCACCUCUGGACAGGAAGACCCGGCUACGCCAGCUGCCGAGGAGGCCGGCAAGGCUGCUGCGACCUCACCCGAGGCCAAGCAGCCCGUUGACUCGCCAGUCGCGUCCAAGGCCGAGUGA